AUGGCAGAGAAGUCGUUCAAGUAUGUGAUCGUUGGGGGUGGCGUCGCUGCCGGAUAUGCUGCCAGGGAAUUCACCAAGCAGGGAGUUAAGCCCGGUGAACUGGCCAUCAUUUCGAAAGAGGCGGUGGCUCCUUAUGAACGUCCAGCACUCAGCAAGGCAUACUUGUUUCCCGAGGGAACUGCAAGACUUCCAGGUUUCCAUGUGUGCGUUGGAAGUGGAGGAGAGAGGCUCCUUCCUGAGUGGUACACCGAGAAAGGGAUAUCUUUGAUCCUUAGUACAGAAAUAGUCAAGGCAGAUCUUUCUUCAAAGACACUUACCAGUGCAACGGCCGAAACAUUUAAAUACCAGAUUCUGCUCAUAGCGACUGGUUCUACGGUUAUCAGAUUGUCCGACUUUGGAGUACAAGGGGCUGAUGCCAAAAACAUCUUUUAUUUGAGAGAAAUAGACGAUGCUGAUAAACUUGUAGAAGCAAUCAAAUCAAAGAAAAAUGGAAAGGCUGUGGUUGUUGGUGGAGGAUACAUUGGUCUUGAGCUCAGCGCAGCUCUCAGGGUCAAUAACAUUGAUUCCACUAUGGUGUACCCCGAACCUUGGUGCAUGCCUAGGCUAUUCACAGCAGGCAUAGCUGCCUUCUAUGAAGGUUACUAUGCAAAUAAGGGAAUCAAAAUCAUUAAAGGAACAGUAGCUGUUGGGUUUGGCACUAAUGAAAAUGGAGAAGUUACAGAUGUAAAACUUAAGGAUGGCAGGGUGCUGGAAGCAGACAUUGUUAUUGUUGGUGUAGGUGGAAAGCCUCUUACAACCUUAUUUAAGGGUCAGGUUGAAGAGGAAAAAGGUGGAAUCAAGACCGAUGCUUUCUUCAAAACUACUGUUCCUGAUGUAUAUGCUGUUGGUGAUGUUGCCACUUUCCCUUUGAAAUUGUAUGGUGAGAUGAGAAGAGUAGAACAUGUUGAUCAUGCUCGAAAAUCUGCUGAACAGGCUGUCAAGGCAAUCUUUGCUAGUGAACAAGGAAAGUCAGUUGAUGAAUAUGACUACCUUCCCUUCUUCUAUUCCCGUGCCUUUGAUCUGUCAUGGCAGUUCUAUGGUGACAAUGCAGGUGACACUGUACUCUUCGGGGACAGCAGCCCUACAUCUACAACUCACAAGUUCGGAUCAUACUGGAUCAAAGAUGGAAAGGUUGUGGGUGUAUUCUUGGAAAGUGGUACUCCAGAAGAAAACAAGGCAAUUGCUGAAGUUGCUAGGGUCCAGCCUCUAGUACAGAACUUGGAUAAACUAGCCACAGAAGAAGCGCCCAAAACCUGUACAAUAUAUAUCAAUUUCAAAACCCUAGCUGCAGAAGCAGCAAUUCUUUCUCUUUCUCCAGUAAUCAAAAAUGGCUCCUGCUAA